AGUGCAUGAAUGGUUAUGGUGUUAUGUUUUCCUCCACAGGCACGCCACAUAUACAUCUGUGACCACCACAAAGGUGUGAUCCAGAGUGCUCGCAGUAAGAGAAAGAGGAAGCUGAGUGAUGAGGAUGACAACUCCCCAGACCACGACUAUGAUGGACCCGAGGUGGACCUCCUUGGUCUCCAGGUUAACACCUUGCGCAGGUACAAACGUCACUACAAGCUGCAGACACGACCUGGUCUCAACAAGGCACAGUUAGCAGAGACCGUCAGUCGUCACUUUAAGACCAUUCCAGUGCAGGAAAAGGAAUGCCUAACUUUCUUCAUCUACAUGAUCAAGAACCACAAAUCCAAGUUCGACCAAAAACAUUUCGGUCAUGAUAGUUAAGUACAUGUAGACUAUUUUAAGGAACAACAGUCUGACUUUGAUUGUAGAAAUCAGGCUUUGAGCCUAUAAUAUAAAUAUCCUUGUAAGUAAUGCUAGUAUGUGUGAGUGUGAGGUAAUUUUCACGUGUUCUAGCUGUGAAAAUGUCCUUUGUGACAGACUGUGAUACAUGUAUCUCAAUUUUACGAGUAAACAAUCAUAGAUUGUGGCACUUGUAGUUACAUUUGCACAUUGUCCUUACCUUGCAUAAAAUCAUUUGGUAAAGCAACAUCUUAUCACUGUAUCAGUUUUCCAUCUGAUGUUGUGACUAUUAUCAAUUUCCAUCAAAAUUUCCAGAAUAUCAUACACGAAAUACUGUCAUAAGACAGUACUCGUACCUUGCUUAAUAGUUGAUAAUUUCUUAGAUAUCUAUUUCUUCUUCACUGUUUCCCUUCUUUUUGAAUUGGUUUAUUAUCAUCUGCUGUAUUUGUGUGUUAAACUCCCAAGGAAAAAAUCUUAUUUUUCGAUAUGAACUGAAUUCACAUUUCAUUUACAAAACGUCCCAUUAACCUACAAUUUUAAACAGUAGUAUAUAACACAAUACAAUGAAGUCAAAAUGUCACUGUACUAAACCCAAAGUUUGUGUAACUGUCAGUGAGUCAAUUUUAAAGUUUCCUCCAUUUUGAAAGAUUUGCUAGAACAUGCUUUUUGACUGUUUUUGGUUUUUAAUUUUACACCUUCCCAGCAAUAUCACAGCUAAAGCAGAAAGGUACCCUUCUUUGAUUACACAUUUCAGUUUCCCCCAACUUUGUACCUCCAGGAAGUCCUUAUACCAACUGCUGCCAUGCACUGAUGCUCUUUUGCUUGAUUUUUGUGGUGUUCAAGGUAUCUCACACAUCAUAAACUUGUGUUGUUUACAAGGCUCUAUUUACCACUCUUCAGAUCUCCUAUGCCAUUUUCUACGAUUGAUCUUCUGUGACUCCCAAGAUAGCUGUUAUUUCAGUCAUAUUUUAAAGGUUCUGCCUGUGUGUCUUUUGACCACAACUUCAUUAACUGUGAGGACCCAUUUGUUAAUUAGAUAAGAACAUUAUCUGGCUUUGACUAAUACAGAAAAUUAUGCACUUCAUUGCUGACUUUUCAAGUGAUGAUUGAAUUUUCAAUCAUUUCAGUAGCUACUUUCCACCACAAAAUAGAUUGUGAUCUGUUUGCAAUCAAAGAUCUUUUAGACCUUUCAUUGUUUUGGGGAACAAUUAAGCUUUUGGUUAGCAUGCAAAUUAGGUGUACCACAAUAACGUGGUAGAGCAAUUGUAAAACAUUGGUCAAGGGUUUUUACUGCAUCUGUAGUUUUGGUAGUAGUGGUAGUGGUAGAAGCACCUCACAUGAAGUGAAAUAUUAUUAUGGAGGUCCAAAUUUCUACCUGAUGCCCAUACAGUAGGUAACAUCUUAUUCUGUACUAAUUUGGUAUUUAACAACCCUGAGGAAUGACAUAUAGUACGUUUAAUGAAAUCCCUCUCAAAAUGAUUUUAACCUCCCUGCAAAGCUAGCCUUUGUACCAUAUCUGUACUGGUUACAUGGUCAGACAAUAGGGUGAUGGUUAACAAGGGUAUUAUGCAUUAACACUGUACCUAGCAGCUUACUUAUACCACUGUAACAUACACAU